AUGUCUGUUCCUUAUAGCCCACCGUUUCUUGAUCCAGGUGAAGUGGCUCUUUCUAGAUCAAUUUCUGCUCCACCAUCACUGGACUCCAACAUGCUCUUUGCAUUCCCAGUGGCCUCAGAGUAUUCAUCAGCCUUUUCAGAUAUAUGGAAUAUACGCUCAAUCAAAGAAAAAUCUGAGAGCCCUGACGACAAAUACACCCUUUCUACUCAGUUCAGCGACACUUCAUCUAGUGACAAGCUCCAAUCGCUCGAUUCCAAGCCAAGAACUUACUCAUCGCUUUCAGAUUAUGAUGAAAAUCAGUCAUCUACGUUAUCAACAAGCCAUUUAGUCAACGAUAUCGUCGAUCAAUGCAUAAAAGAUGAAGAACAGCCAGCCAAGAACGGGUUUUUUAACCCCUUUAGCUCAGGGAUGACUGAUUUCAAUAAUCAUUUCCCUCCUGAGUACUAUUCAAACUACUCCCAGUUCACCCCUCAGCACAUCUACACCCAAGCUUUAGAAAUGGCAAAAGACCAGUUCGGGUGUAGGCUGCUUCAAAAAAAACUAGAAGAAAGAAACCCUUUUACCUUGCAGACAAUAUAUGACCAAAUUGCAGCCAAUAUAAGUGAUUUAAUGCUAGAUCCUUUUGGAAACUAUUUAUUCCAAAAGCUUAUUGAGGUCUGUGAGGAGCCUACAUUAGGCUUGAUAAUCCAAAAUAUUUCAGAAAAAAUUUCAACCAUAUCUUUAAGUGCCCAUGGGACUCGAGCUGUACAAAAACUUAUUGAUAUUGCUACAACAAGCUCAGCUCAUAUAGAAGUCAUUGUUAAAGGGUUAAAAGAAAGGGUGAUUGACUUAAUUAAAGAUAUCAAUGGAAACCACGUCAUCCAAAAAUGCCUGCAUACUCUUGGAGCUGCAAAUAAUCAGUUUAUUUAUGUUUCUGCAAGCAGCAAUGUUAUUGAUAUAGCGACACAUAGACAUGGCUGCUGUGUCCUCCAAAGGUGUAUUGAUGCAGCGUCUCCUGAACAAUUAGAAAUGCUGAUUGAUAAAAUUCUGGAAAAUGCUGUAGUUUUGGUCCAAGAUGCCUUUGGGAAUUAUGUUGUGCAGUAUGUGAUUGAUUUAAACAGGCCAGACGUCAAUGCGAGACUUGCUCAGAUUUUUAUGGCGAGUAUACAAGAACUCUCUACUCAGAAGUUUUCAUCAAAUGUAAUUGAGAAAUGCCUCCAGCAAAACAAAGGAGAAAUCCAACAAGCAAUGAUCCAAGAAAUUGGAAAGCCAAAUAACCUAGCCAAGAUGAUUUCUGACCAAUACGCAAACUAUGGUAAUUCCUAAGUAGUCGUUCAAAGAGCGUUAAGUUUAGCAUCCCCACAGCUGCUGAAAAAAAUGCUAAAAGAAGUGAAGUCAUUAUUAGAAGAAUUAAAGCGAAGUCCAUUUGGGAAAAGAAUUUAUUCCAAGCUAGUGAAAACCUACCCUGAGCUUGAAAACCAGUAAAAUUAACAUAGGCUUGGGUUUAGCUACUAA